AGCCACAGUGAGAAAAUGGCUUCUCACAAGUCAAAGACUGGCACCAAGAUAAAUGUUACAAAGGCAGCAGAGGAAUCCAGUCUAGUGGAUGAAUAUGUCACACCUGGGGGCUAUGAGCUGGAGAAAAUCCUUAACCGUGGGAGUGUGGCUUACACUCAUGUCAACGAGGUCUGGCCUCAUGUCUACAUCGGGGACGAGGAGACUGCAAAGGACAAGCAUAAUCUGAAGAGGUUGGGUAUUACGCACAUCUUGAAUGCAGCGGAGGGGACGUGGAACAAUGUGGACACCGGAGCUGGUUACUACAGCGACAUGAACAUCGUCUACUACGGUGUGGUGGCAGAAGACGUCACAACCUUUAACCUCAGCCAGUAUUUCUUCUCUGCUGCCGGGUUUAUAGAAAAAACCCUGAGGAACCCUCAGAAUAAACUGCUGGUGCACUGCGUGAUGGGAAGGAGUCGCUCCGCCACACUUUUCCUCGCCUACCUCAUGAUCUGUGAACACAUGACGGUGGUGGACGCCAUCGAACAUGUGAAGAAACGCAGGAGGAUCAUCCCCAACUGGGGCUUCCUGAAACAGCUGAGAGAGCUGGACAUGCAGCUCCUGGAGAAAAGAGAAGACUCGACUGAGCAGAGCUGA